AUGACUGUGGAGACAGAUGAUGAUAUUACUUCUGACAUUAGCUCUUCACCUGAUAUAGGUCCUUGUACUGAUAAUUCUUCUGAAGAUAUUGUUUACAAUGACUCUACAGAUAUGAGUAGUUUUUUACCUGUUGGUGAACAGCAACAGCAGGAAGUUGAAGCUGUCAAAAAUAAGCUUAAUGCAACUGACCCAAUGUUAUGGCCUACAGUUGAAAGUGAUCCAAUAAAUGAGUAUCAAAUCUCACAUUUAGCCACAAUGGCUUUUCCAACAUUAUUUCCUGAAGGGAAAGGUGAUUGUACUAAUCAAGAGAUUUUAAGAGAAGUUCCUCUAAAAGAAAGAAUAAAGCAUCUUUUAAAAUUUGCUGAAAUUAUUGAUGGUAAAUGGGUAUACCGUUUUGCAAAUCACCCAAGAUUUUCAUAUUGGGCUUUUAAUAUGCUUCAAAGAAAACAAAUUUUACAACAAAGUGGAAUUUUCCUGAGGCAAAAUCCAGGUGAAGCUCAUCUCACCUUAGAUGAACUGCGAGAAAUGGCUGCCAGUAGCAGUGCUAAUGUUUUUAUGUCUAAACUUUCCAGAUAUGUUGGGAAUAUUGCAGGUUCAAAUGCUUACUGGAAUAGAGUUCAAGAGGAGCUAAAAGCCAUUAUUACAAAUGUUGGAUCACCAACAUUAUUUUUUACUUUCUCCUCGGCUGAUAUGCAUUGGCCAGAGUUACAUGCAUUAUUUAACGCUAAUGUUGAUUGUGAAAGUUCUCACACCACCAAUGAGACAAGGCGACAAAAUGUUAUAAAAAAUCCUCAUCUUGUGGAUUGGUUUUUUACACAAAGAUUAGAAAGCUUUAUUAAACACUGGCUUUAUGAAACACUUGGUGCAAAAUGGCACUGGUUUAGAUACGAGUAUCAAGGUAGAGGUAGUAUCCAUUGUCAUGGAACUUCUAAACUGAAAAAUGACCCAGGUUUGUGUCAACUUACUGAGACUGCCUUAAAAGGUUUCUUAGCACAAAAGUUUAAGGAAGAAAAUGAUUAUUAUGAUAGAACAGAACUAGACCAGGACAUUGAAGCUGGUCACAGAGCUGCUGAGACUGUAUGUCAAUAUGUUGAUUGGUUAUUAUCAACCAUCAAUCCAAACCCACCAGAUGAAGACAUUUGGAUAAGACCCGAGGUUCAUCCAUGUCAACGACCUCAUAAAGAUAUCCCUGAAGAUGAAAAACAAUCAGAUUAUGAAGAUCUUGUAAACAUGGUUCAACGACACACUCGUUGUAGCACAAGUUACUGUCUCAGGAAAAAGGCAAACGAAGAAGAGUUGAAAUGUCGCUUUCAUUUUCCAUUUGAACAUUGUGCCAAUACAAAAUUAGAAUUUGAAAAGCUUCACACUAAAGAUGUUGAUAAUCAUUACAGGACAAAGGUUGUAACUAAACGAAAUGAUGCAAGGUUGAAUAAUCAUCAACAGCUUCAACUCCAAGGAUGGAGAGCCAAUUGCGAUAUCCAAGUUGUAAUCGAUCAUUAUGCUUGUGUUGAAUAUCUCACGAAAUAUGCAGCUAAAGGUGAGCCAAGAUCUCCUUUAUUGACGCAAACAUUCAAUUCUGUUGUUCAAACUGUAGAUGUUAAUAGUGAGCCUCAUCGAGCUGUUAAAAAAAUCGUCAUGAAAUCUCUCGGGGAAAGAGAUUAUGCAGCGCAAGAGACGAUGCAUCAUUUGUUGUCACUGAAACUUCACAGUUCAUCAUUUAAUGUGGUUCCAGUAAGUCUAAACGGUUCACGUAGUGUGCGUGAAAAUGUUGCAGAAGGUGAGUCAUGCACUAAUCGUUCUCUUCUUGAUGUAUACGCCAAUCGUCAUGAAUAUGAUAGUUCACAAGACGUUUUGACGAUGAACUUUGUCCAAUUUGCUACAACGUACAAAGUUGUAAAAGACAAACUUGCAAAAUUGCCUGAAAAUGUUGUACCAAGAAUAUUUCCAACAUAUUCUCCAAAUCCAAAAGGUCAAAACUUUGGACUUUAUUGCAAGUACCAACUUUUAAGGUACAAACCAUGGAGAAGGUCUCAAAACAACGCAUGGGAUGAUGAAGAAAACCCUACUGAUGAGACUUACAUCAACACUUGGCAAGAUUUUUUGCAGACAUCUUAUGCACAAAAAAAUGUUCCUGAUUGGUUUGACAAGUUACAAGCUGUCAUUCAAAGUGAACAACCAGAAGCUGAAUGUUCUGAACAACCAGAGGUAACUAGAGAGGAAUGGAUGAUUAUAUCAGACCUUCAUACACCUUUUAACCGAUCUGAUGAAAUGACAGAAUUUGUGAAUGACUGGCAUGCUGACAGUGACAAUUACUCUGAACAACAAAUCCAUGAAUUGCCAUCAUGGUUAAAAACAAACAUGAAAGAAUUCUCCGUGGAUGAGCAAUAUGAUGAUGUUGAUAUUGACACUUUCAGUAAAAUGCAAAAAAAUGCCUAUGACAUUGUCAAAUCUCAUUUUUAUGAUACAAAGCUAGAUAAAGAGCCAUUGUGUUUAAUUAUAAAUGGUGUAGCAGGGACUGCAAGUGUGCUGUUGCCGCCACAACUGGAAAAGCUGCAUAUAAUAUACGAGGAACGACAAUUCACUCCUUAUUGA